GACUUUCAGCCUCGUCUGGGUCCAAAAAAAAAAUCCUUAUCGAUAAGCCUCGUCUUCCCAAACCAAUUUCCCAUCACAACACACAAUAUGCAUUGAGUAACUCUCAAUCUUCUACUCUCCAAACCCUCUCAGCUAUUCUCCAAAGAUCAAUCGAUGCAUUAACCAUGCUUACCUGUCCCCCCACCCUCUAUAUCCGGCGCCCAUCCCCAACAACAAUCGAAUACACCGUCAGCACCCGCCCACCUCUCGCCCGCCCCCUUCGCAUUCUCCUUAUCCUUACACACAUCAUCCGAGUGGUGCUCGCCCUCGCCAUUCUCCUCCUCCUAUACACCUACUACCUGACUCUUCUCCCACCCCCGAGUAUCCUCUCCUCACUCACCAUCCCCCCCUCCAUCCUCCUUCGCCUCCAAGCCCUCAGCACUCUCCUCUCACCUCUACUCCUGAUCUCUAUUUCCAUAGCUCUCCUCCUCUUCCUCACCCUUCGCCCUCACACUUCGGAGUCCCUACUUAUCCUCCGCCAUCUCGGUCUCCAAAUCUCAAGUUCCCCGAAAACAUACCUGAGUACCACGAAAACGAGAUUUAUCCCCAGUCAAAAGAUUCAAGAUAUCUACAUUAACGAGGUGUUUUCAAAUUUCGAGGUGCGCUAUGUGUUAGUGGUUGUUGUGGAGGGAGAGGGAGAGUUGGUAGUUGUCUUCGAGAGGUUGUUACCUGGGAGAGCGGUGCUGGAGAGAGUUUGGAGGGGAGGGAGAAGAGGGUUGUUUGGAGGGGAGGAGAGGGGUGGUGCGAAUGGGGAUGCGAAUGGAGGCGUUAAUGGAGGCGUUGGAGCAAAAGAGAUUCUGUCAUAAAAAGAAGUCUUGCUGUUGGCACUGAUCUUGGGAAUGUGGUAUGAAAGCAUAUUCCAAUGCGUGUGUGGAUGGCAUGCUUGGGGUAAUGUGUAUGAGAUGAGCGGGCGUGUGAGCUAUUUACAUGGCACCUACCGACUCCUUGACUUCUGCGCUAAGAGAGUUGAUGUAUAACGUAGGGAAGGAAAGGUCUUGUUAGCCUUGCAUUACAGAGGAAGUACUGAGAACAGGAGGAUGGCAGAGCGUACCUACCAACUCCUAGUCGAGAAACGGGGAGGUUAGCAGGAGACUUGAUUAUGUCAUUAGCUUGAUAAGGACAUUUGAAUUAGGGUCGAUUCUCAACCCCUAGUCCGUAGAAGGACAUGCAAAUGGGCAGGUGGGGUGUCAGGCGGGAAGAAGACGCACGAUAUGUCUCAGAGGCAAAAGGGACCCAUAUCUACCCCUCUCAGACUACUCUAUUGCCUAUACCUAUUCAGGUCACAGUUUACACAUAUCAACCA